CGCCUCCUGAGCAAAGACCAGCAGCCCCUGGCAGGCAGAGUGUCGCGGAACACCCUUGCUGAAACAUGCCCAGUUCCUGCGAUUACGGUCUCCAGCCCUCAGGUCAGCCAGACCACUAUGUAUGCACCCCGAGGCCUAUCUGUCCUUCGCCCUCAGGUUCCGACUCUGGCUCUGUGGCACCGCCUGCCCGGCAUAUUUGAGCGGGAACGGGCUGUCGUCGUGGCGCCAUUACCCACCAUCUUCAAACGACCCUCUUACAAUGGCCAGCACCUACCAUCACCGUCCUGCUGACCAUGAAGAGCAAGCUGCCACACCUUGUGUGCUAGCCUCUGGGCUCGCAGACGUCGCUGGCUAAUCGCAACCGCUGGACCACACACGCCUGGCGCGCAUCGUCAAACAACGUCCACGUAACGACAAUGCCCGUCUUGUUUCGCAGAACGGGAAGUGCGCGAAACGCGAGGAUCCACAAGAGAUAGCGCUGGCACGCCUCUUUGGCUGUGAGGGC